UUGUUUCAUGUGCCUGUGGCGUUUGGGUCGACGAGAUCGAGCGAGCGUGGUUGUUCAAUGAGUACGUUACGCGGUUUACGGAGAAACAUAGUGAUUCUUGGAUUAAUUAUGAAUAAUUGUAUGGAAACUGAAGACCUUACUAAACUAUAUUACAAUGAAUUUAGAAAAAAAUUAGGAGCCACUGAUUCACAAUUAUACUCAAUGAUAGAAACAAAUGUAUUAGAUUUGUCACAGAUAAAAAGCAUAAUUGCAGAUAAGUUUGAAAAUAAAGGUAGAUAUGUAGAUAACCCAAAAAUUUAUUUAGGUUCUGAUCAGUUACCUCCUGGUAAAGAAUCGAUUGACUUUACGGACAUGGAAAAACGGUCUGAUAAAAGUACUUAUUGUAGACCAAUUGUUAGUUUUAAUAACGAAUCGUUUGUGUCUCAAAGUUUAAAAAAUAACGCGAAUUUAUAUCAAGAUUUGUGUAAAUUAGUGCAAGAAAUACAAAAGGAGAAACAAAAAAGAGACUGGAAAAGGUUUAUCACUUUAUUACGAAAAAAACAUGGAUGUUGCAAUGUGUUUGAUAAUGAAAACCAUAUUAAUAUUCCAAUGUCCGUGUACAAGGUUUCUUGUGAAAAAAAUCAUGAAAGAAAGAAAAAAUUACUACAAAAACGUAAUUUUUAUGAAUCUAACUUUAUGUGUUACCCUACAUCGUCGCUUGGACGUUUAACUAUGCGAGAAAGAGAAAAUGCAAACGCUAAGAAAGUUUUUAAGCCUAUGAAUUUGGUUACUAAAAUAAAUAAGAUACAAAAUAAUGUAGCAAAAUGUCAACCAAUCAAUGGGCCAAGUAAAAGAAAUAUAUUUUAUAAUAUCAGAAACACAUUAGCUUCACAAACAGAAAAUAAUUUAUUGCAGCAGGAAAGCAAUAAAGACGGUAUAAGAACACAAGAAACGACUACACAAAAAAGUAUAAAUGAAUUAGAAAUUGAUAAACCAAAUAAUCUUGCAAAUAUUGAAAACAAAAUUGACAAUUUGAUUAAGUCUAUAAAUUUAUUUAUUGGCGAAAUAAAAACAAGAAAUAUAAGUAAAAGAGAUGAUUAUAUUCCCUUACCUAAUAAAUUUACACAGGUUUCUGUACAUAAAAUAAAAAGUGAUACAUGUGAUCUUUUAAAGAAGUGUAAUGUAGAUAUAUACACUGACAAUUCAAUUACUACAGUUUGGCCUAGGCCCAUACCAUACCAUAGUGUAACUACCUAUACACAUAGCAAUAGUGAAAUAAUCAAAUUAAAUAAAACGUUAACAAAUAUUACAAUUAAUCAUGUAAGUGACAAAGAAAUUAAUGUAAGAAACAAAAAAAUUAUAUCACGAAAUAAUUCUUUAGGGACAGGCAUUCAAAUACCAAGACAAGAAAAAUCAACAGAAAUGACUGCUUCUUUUGUUAAUACGGGAGUAAAACCUAGUGAAGUUGUUAUUAGAGAAGAAAAUUCAUCAUCUUUAGGUUCGCAAAAGGUUGGAAAGAGAAGUAAAGCUGCGAAUACGGAGCCUCUCGGUGUUCUCGCUUUGUUAAGAGUAUCGACAGAAACUAUAAGGCAGCUUUUGUCUUACAUGCCAGCCAUUGACUAUUUUUCUUAUUUACCCCUACUACAACUUCCACAUUCAAAUGAAAAAGUUGAGCCUCAAUAUGUUUGCAAAAUUUGCGGGGCAGCUUUUGAUAGGGCAUCACAGCUUAACGAUCAUAUAAAAGGACAUCAGUUGAGCGUUACAAGAGACUGCCGUGUUUGUCGGCAUGUUCUUGAAUCACAAAGUCAUCGCCAUCCAAAUCUUUUCAAAUGCCAGUAUUGCGGCCAACGGUUCACGAGAGCUUACUGUUGUGAAUUACACCAACAAAGCUGUGCUAAGCAUCUUGGCUUGUGCCAUGAUGUCCCAUCUAGCCUUAUGCUGCUCAGAUAG